AUGCGCGUCGCGCGUCGCGCGUCGUCCGCGCUCGUCGCGCUCGUCGCGCUCGUCGCGCUCGUCGCGUGCGCGCCCGCUCGCGCGCUUCGCGACGGCGCGCCCGCGGUCGACCCGCGCGAGUACACCUCGUGCCGCCCGCUCGAAGCGCCCGCGCUCGAACGCUGCGCGUACGUCACGCAGAACCCGCUGUGCGCGCGCGACGAAGCGCUGGUGCCGUAUUUACGCCUGCACUACUGCUCGCUCGCGGGCGAUGGGUUCGCGAGCGGGAUCGCGAGCGGGGCGCUCGCGCUGACGCUCUUCGCGGCGCUCGCGAGCGUGGCGGAACGCUUCUUCGUCCCGGCGCUGCGAAACAUCGCGCGAGGACUGGCGCUGCGGGAUGACGUCGCGGGAGCGACGCUGUUGAGCUUUGGAAACGGGGCGCCGGAUAUAUUCGCGCAGAUCGCGGCGUUGAGUCACGAGGAUGUGGCGGAGAGCGCGGCGUUGGCGGUUGGCGCGGUGACGGGCGCGGGCGCGUUCAUCGCGAGUUUCGUGUUUCCGUGCGUGGUGUUGAUCGCGACGAGAGCGGCGAGCGGGCGGGGGUUGGUUUUGGAUAAGUGGAACUUCGGGAGAGACGUGGGGUUUUACGCCGUGGCGUCGGCGAUGGCGCUCGGAUUUUUUUUGGACGGGCGCGUGGAGGCGUACGAGGCGGCGGCGUUGUUUUCGCUGUACGCGGCGUAUUUGUUUGUCUUGCUUUCGGGGCGAAGGCUGAAGCGGUUCGCGCGCGCCGUCGUCGCGCUCGUUCGCUACGGCGGCGAUGAUAGCGAUAGUGAUAGUGAUUCAUCCGUCGCUUGGUCGGAUGACGAAGCGGCGGGCGAGCUUGUGCGAGACGCCGACGUUCGCGCGCCGAUGCUGGAGACGGGCGAUGACGGGGACGGCGACGAGGAAGCGCCAGUCGAAGGUGACGACGACGGCGACGACGACGACGAUGACGACGACACGCGUUCGACGUCGUCUGAUUCACACAGACCGAUCCUGUUGAUGAUUGGGCAGAACGUGGCGCACGCGUUCAAGAAGAUGGAGAUUCCACUCGUCGCCACGCUUCGUUUGACAAUGCCAGAGCUCGGCGACGAAACCGUCUCGAUGCGGCACGCGGUGGCGUUGCCGAUCGGUGCGCCGCUGUUUUUGUUAUUCGCCACGGGUAUGAUGCCGGAUCAUAUACGCUGGGUUGGCUUGAGUUAUGGUAUCGGCGUCUCUCUCGUGUGCGCGUUCAUCAUCGUUCAGUCGUGGUCGCACAUUGGCGAUGUAGCAUCGAUUCGCGCGUUGCUCGUCGCAGUUGCGUUUUUUCAGUCCAUACUGUGGAUGAACACGGCGGCGAGCGAGCUCGUUUCUUUGCUCAGCGCGAUCGGCAAGGUGACUGGCGUGAGUGAAGCCUUACUCGGCGCGACAGUCCUCGCGUGGGGGAACUCAGUCGGUGACUUUGUCUCCAACACCGUCGUCGCUCGCGCGGGCAACCCGAACAUGGCAAUCGCCGCGUGUUUUGCAGGGCCACUGAUGAAUCUUCUCGUCGGCACCUCGUUCGGACUUUUGCUUCACGUCGCCAAAUACGGCCCUGUCACCGGCUACGUCAUGCCUAACGAGCUGAUCUUGCUCGGUGGUGCGCUGAUGUUCGCAUUGUUUUACGCGCUCUUCGUCAUACCCUUCGUGCACAAGUGGCGCGUGGGGAAGAACGCGGCGUACGGCAUGAUUGGCUUUUACUUUUCAUUCUCCAUAGUGUACGCGUUGACGAGCACGCAUUGCAUCUUCCGAAAACCUUGGCUUGGGCCACCGCAGUAG